CUCGAAUCAGAAACACAUAUGUAUGUCGUAAUAAGUCCAAAACACGAUUGGUUGAGGUCACUACCUUGUCAAGCAGCAUUAAUUGAGCCAGGACACUCACUACUGCAAAGUCGUCUUGCUCUUCCUUGGUUCGGCCAUGCUGUGGGACUCAUUAAGACGCUGCCACAUGACACCGUGUGCGAUGUUAUGCAGACCGCCUGCUCCAGCGAAUAUAAACCCCCCCCCCCUCCUCUUUCUUCCUCCUCUCUUCUCUCCCUCCGCCCUCCCACUUGUCGUUUCAACACUCCCGUCAGGCUUAAAGACCUCAAUCCAUCACCAUCAUCCCCGAGUCACUGGUUAUGGCUGUGAUAUGACUCUUCCCCGGGGACACCGCCUGUAUCCCCUUUCUCGUAGCACUGGAAUGCGUCGCAAUACCCUCGAGGCAUUUAAACUGACUGACCUACCACCCGAACGAUGUACAACGUGCGACCAUAUGAAGGAUGCUGACCCGUAAGGAAAUACGAUCUGGUCGUACCUUUCCAAGAUGACAUGGUCAUUGUUGGCAUAGUCGAGGAUGCGAAACGCAGAUGAUUCGACUAUAUAGUUUCCUAUUCUGACAGCAAGGAAAUAUCUUUGGGGUAUGCGUGUUCUUCUGAAUUGAAAGGCUCUGGUACCAUAUUGA